AUGGAGGCUACCCAAGUUACCUCCACCACUACCUCCUCUCCCCUCUCCAAGGAGUCUUCCUUCGCCUCUGCCGCCUCCCCAUACUUUGAAUCCCUCUUCCGCCGCCGCCAACAAAAGAAGAUGAGCAUCACGCAAACAUACUACCUCGCCCACACCGCCCGCAAGAAGCUCACUCGUGAGGCUUCGCGGCCGGAUCACGAUCUCCGCCUGCUCGUCGGCCAUGCCAACCUGCUGGACUCGUUGAUGCUGGACCUGGCCGACGCUGAGCGCGAGCAAGAACGCUGGUUCAACCAGACCGUCACCGGUGCCACCAAGACCUCCUCCCGCGAAGAAAAGUCCAACCACAUCCAAUGGGCAUCGACCGUGGUCGAAGAGCCCGAGGAAGCCUGGGAGCCGGAGGAUGCCUCCGAUCUGGACUCGGACCUCAGCGACAGCGACGAGGAAGAUGACUCCGACUUUGACGAGGAUGACUUCGUCAUCAACACCCCCGUUCGCCUGCGCUCUCCACCUCCACCCCAGCACAACCUCGCCGCCAUCCCCGAGGGGACCUUGGUGGAAGAUGAGGAGGACGAUACCGACUCGGACUUUGAAUACGACGAUGCAGAGGACCUGGAGAAGCUUAGCUUGACGCGGUCUCCAUCCCGGCAGUCCCCGCCCGAGCUACUGGCUGACUCGGGCGACUCGUCCGAGGACGAGAGCAUGCCGCCCUCGCCGCUGCAGCCGGUUCUGGAGUCCUUCGAUCAGAAGGCGGCCGCGGCCGCGGCCAUCUCGUUGACAGACGAUCAAACAAAUCUGUUUGAAUCGGGGUAUUACGUUGCACAAGAACAGAGCACGAUGAUCGAGGCGUUCUAA